AUGACCCCCGCGAACUCAAAUCGACCGCACCGAGACCCGCCAUUGUGCCCGACAGACGAAGACUCGAUCAUCCCUAAGAAAGAAGACCGCAGCGAGGUCAGAUAUGUGAAUAGACGGAGCAACGAGUAUAUCAUCAAGAGUGGCAUCGCUGGUGGUCUCGCGGGAUGCGCCGCAAAGACAAUGGUCGGUCCACUCGAUCGUGUUAAGAUACUGUUCCAAGCAUCGAACCCACAUUUCGCAAAAUAUACAGGAUCAUGGUCAGGUGUCGCCAUAGCUGUGCGAGAUAUAUACAAGCAGGAUGGUUCCCGUGGGCUGUUCAAAGGACAUUCCGCUACUCUUCUCCGAAUAUUCCCAUACGCAGGCAUAAAAUUUCUUUCAUACGAGCAAAUCCGGAACAUCUUCAUACCCAAUAAGGACUACGAGACUCCGGGACGACGCUUUUUGUCUGGAUCCCUUGCGGGCUGCAUAUCAGUCUUCUUCACAUAUCCUUUGGAGGUUAUUCGUGUACGUCUAGCGUUCGAAACGCGGAGGGAGGGCCGAAGCACUUUGACCUCCAUAUGCAGGAAGAUCUAUAACGAACAUCCUCCACCCACAGGCCCACAACAGAUUAAACUAAACGCUACAAAGCCGGUAUCGUCAACCAUAUCAGCCACCUCCGCUACUAUACAACAAGUCACUCCUCACUCAGGUAUUGCAAACUUCUUCCGAGGCUUUACGCCAACUAUGGUAGGAAUGUUGCCAUACGCUGGCUCGUCCUUCCUCGCUCACGAUACCGUUUCCGAUUUCUUUCGCGCACCUGCUAUUGCCGAAUGGACAACGUUGGAGGAAACAAGGGGUGGAUCUUCUGACCGUUACAAACCUUCACAGCUCACCUGGUGGGCCGAGUUGAUGUCUGGGGCAUUAGCAGGGUUGACCUCUCAGACGGUUUCAUACCCAUUUGAAGUCGUACGUCGGCGCAUGCAAGUAGGCGGCGUUGUAGGGGACGGACAUCGGCUAGGAAUGGCCGAAAUAGGACGCAGAAUAUGGAUGGAGAGAGGAUGGAGAGGUUUCUUUGUGGGACUGGGGAUUGGUUAUAUCAAAGUGAUACCCAUGACAGCAACAAGUUUUUACGUAUAUGAAAGAGGUAAGUAUUAUAUGGGCAUCUAG